AUGGGCAUCUGGAGAACUCUGGGCCAAAUCCGGAUUAUUAGGGUGAAGAAAAAUGCGUAUUGUAUCACCACGGGAUCUGAGAAGCUGGCAAGGAAACUUCUGGAGGAGAGCCUAUGGAAUAUUAAAGGCUAUUGCUUCUCUGUGCGACAUUGGCCUAAAUACCACUCCUUGGACGACAUUGCAACCAACAGAGCAAUUUUCUGGAUACAAGCACAUGGCAUUCCCCUCAACCAGAUUACUGUAGGUAAUGGCAGAAAGUUGGGGAACAUCUUGGGUUCAGUCAUUGAGUGUGAGGACCCUCUGGUGGCAGGAAAUAGGGGGUUUCUUAGAAUAAGGGUCGAUUUUGACACCAGCAAGCCAUUAGCCACUUUUGUUCAGCUUCCUCGGCCGGGCUCUUCUCCCUCAAAGAUUCGACUAAAGUAUGAAAAUCUCAAAAGCUUCUGUUUCAACUGUGGAAGGUUAGGCCACUUGAUUACUUCUUGUAGGCACAGAAUGCACCCUUUGCUUAAACAAAUGAGGGUGGUGUAUGAUCAUUCUCUUGUGGCUGAACCUUGGCAAAAACCAAUUUUCACACAAACUCCGAUUCCUCUGGAAUUUCCGUAUGCUCCGAUGCCCGGAAUUUUUCGUCGUGGGAGCUCACACGGUGGUCCAAGCAACAGUUUGAAUUCUAGAGAUCCACAAUCCUCAGAUAGGGACCUUUCACAGUGGUCCACAAUGGAAAAGGAUGGUUCGGUGCUGUCAGCAGCAUCAAAUAUGGAUGGGUCAUUGUCUUGCCAGGUUAUGCAAAGACCAAAGUACACAAAUCAAGUUCCCAGCUUGUGGAAUCCGGAUGCACAUGGUGCCAUGUUCAGGAAUGGCAGUCUAACACGUGCUAUUGGUGGAAUCAACUUGAAUGCAGAGAGAUAG